CCAAAAAUGGGGGGGGGUGGGAGCUGGAGGUUGGAAAGACAGACUUAGGACAUUAAUUCUUAAUGAUGACAAGGAAGAUGACAAGAUAAAGUGGAAGGAGAUUUUCAGGGAAAGAGACAGCAUGUCUGGAAUAAGUGGGAAUUGAAAAUCACCCAAGGAAACUGAAAUUGGUAAAUUUGUGGAGAUAGAUUUACUUCUUCCCUAAACUCUCUACGAGAUUGCCACACUUGGUAAGUCAUGUUGCCCAAAGGACUUUCUUGGGGAGCUUCCGAGUGACUUGACCUCUGUUGCCAUAUAGCCAGAUUCCAAUCUGCUCUUCUCAUUUUGAUUCCAGAUGUUCACCAGGUGCUAACCAAAGAUUAUCUCCUGCCAUUGGGAUUUUGAGUAAUUUUUAUUCUUUUUUUUUUCGUAAUUGAUCCAAUGUUUUUCAUUAAACAUAUAUUGAUUUGAAUUUGGAGAAAAUAUCAAUAAAACUAUUCCUAUUUGGAGAAAAAUGUGGCCCAGUCCACAGUCCUGGAUCUAGAUCAGAAUCCCAGGACACUGAUGUCAAAACUUCCUCACCAUUUCCCUGCAACCCUUACCAAGGAGCUGGUGUUUCGUGUGAAGUUGGAGAGGUAAACAGGUCCCAUUCAGAGAGGACAAUAGUUGUAGGUGGAGUGUCACCUGAAAGCAGUGACCAACUUUGCCUUGCCUUAGAGGAUGCACAUUUUGGCCUCAUCUAGCUCCCACAAAUAUUGUAUUUUCUUCUUGACUUUGGAGAAAACCUUGAAGUCUCAGGAGCUGUGAAGCUGAGUUCUUCUGCACCACCCCCCCAAAAAAAGCCUCAGAACUACACCUCCAGUAAAGAGAAAUUCCAGCCCUCAUCUUCUGUUAAACAAAAAGACUCUGAAGGACAUAGCACUCCAAACAUGGUAAAGACUUUCACGUGAUUAGAAAUUUCCGGUCACUUUUAGUUUCCAACCUACUUACCAGUCCAGGAUGGGGGGGAAGAUAUACCAACAAGAGUUUCCCUCUGAGUUGACCAACAUCAUAAUCUGCCUAACGUAAUCCUGGAAAUGAUCAGGCACAAAAGUAAACAGGGACCUAACAGACAAGACAAUAAUAAACAGUUAUUUAUUGAUCAAUAACAUCCAAGUAGAGUCUUUGACUUGAAUUCAGAGUUUAGGGAAAAAUAUGAUUAAUGCCUAACCCUUGAUUUCCUCUUCUUGGCAACGCGUCCGCUGUGGUUGGGUCUCUACUCCAAGAGUGGAUAAACAAAAGAAGCUCCUCCAAUUUUACCUGGAAACCCAGACAGGAGGUGAAGAUGGUAGAAGUGGAAGAGAAUCAAACUCCUUGACCUUUGUCUCUCCAUAGAUGGCUACAAGUAGGAGGGAGGGUUGAAGUGCGUGGAGAAGACUAUGGAAAUAAUUCAGCGGCGGAGGGAAGGGGGAAAGGAUGUGGGAGGCUUCCUGGUAGGAGGAGGACAUCCUUAUGCUUCUGUAAGCUGGAAGCACUUAAGAUUCAUAUCCCGCUCACAUUUCUUUGCAGAGCUCCUCCAGGCCCCAGCACCAUGCGUCAUUGCCUAUGGAAAUAUAGUUGUUGUGUCCUUAAUCUUCCUGAGCUUCUUCCUCCAAGAGAAUAAUGAAGAGCAUCUUACAUAUAACUUAAUAUUGCAGGAGGAAAAGAAGAAAAUACUGUGGCAGCUCAAUCAGGACCAAAUGAUCUCUGAGAGCAGAAACCAUCUAGAGAACUUCAAGGACAUGCAGAAAGCCUCCCCUUUACUCCAACAGGCCAAGUACAAAUUGCUGGCUGGAUCCCCUCCCCAGGAAAAGAAACUGCUGACCAUAGGGAUUUCCUCGGAGCAACACCCUAAUGGGAGCUACCUCUUGGACACCCUGCAGUCCCUGUUCCAAGCUUCCUCAAAACACGAGCUGAAUUGUAUCGUGGUGCUGGUCCACCUGUCAGAUCCCGACCCCGAAUGGCUCAGACGAACAGUUGCCAAUAUUUCAGACCUCUUCAAACCACAUAUUGAGGCCCAGAAGCUGCUCAUGAUCCACGGUCAUCUCGGUGACUCUCCUCUCCCAGGAGAUCGGAAUAAUGUUAGUCGCACCUCACGCUGCGAAGUGCAUUAUUCCAGGCAGAAAGUCCAUUAUGCCCUCCUCAUGAACUUUGCUAUCAACCUCUCUGAAUACUUUCUGAUGAUGGAAGAUUAUGUUUACUGCACUUCCAAAUUUAUUUCUACCAUCUAUUGGGCAUUGUCAGCCUGGAAAGAACUACCUUGGGCGAUCCUGGAGUUCUCCAGCCUAAGCCUCUCUGGGAAAGUUUUCCACACCAGUGACCUCUCCCGCCUGGCCUCUCUCUUUCUCCUUUUCCAUAAGGAUAUUCCCAUUUACUUGUUUCUCUCUGAAUUCCGCCUUCUCUUGGCCCAGAGUGUUCCAAUUCGUUUCAGUCCCUCAGUCUUCUUCCACAUAGGCAAGUAUCCUGCGUUUGAGGACACAUGCUUUCCUGUGGAGAAGGAGAAGGUGUUUGGUGAACCAGACAACCCCGUUGCCAGCGUCCUCACUGACAUGAUGGCAGAAAUGAAUGGUAUUCCACAAUACGCUUAUACUCUGAACGAAGAGUGCUACUCUACUCUCAAUCCUCUAAGAGGCAACUACCUGACAGUGAUUUUGGAGAAGCCACAAAAAGUCAUCCGGAUAGAGGUCCUGACAGGUUCUGACAAAAAAGGGCUGUAUUGGCUACGGCAGGGGCAAGUGGAGCUGGGCUAUGAUCCCUUGGAGAAUUCCAGAGGCUGCACCCGCUAUACCCUUCUAGGUCCACUGGUGGAAGGAAAUUUAGACCAGAGGGUAUUUUAUGAAGAAGAUUCUGUGGAGGAGUUGAGUUGUAUACGACUGCUUGUGCUAGCCUCUCAAGAGUCUUGGCUCCUGAUCAGGCAGAUCAAAGUCUGGACUCAGCAUGAGGAAGAGGAGAGUUAUUACAGUGGGAAUUCUGGAAAGGUGGGGUUUGGGAAUGGAAUCAACAUGGCCGACCAGAAAUAAAGCCGAAAUUGAUCAAGGCCUGCUCCUUCAGAGUAGGAUGAGCAUGUAAUUUAUUAUCCAAACUGGGACACUUUUGAGAAUGAAAGGAAACACUA